UAUUCUUCCCGCCGCGCCGCAACGUUUCAUGGGUCUGACGUGGCAGAAAUCCGAUACAUGUGGAGAGCAACAUCCUCGACCCCGUACCGGAUAAAAUCGUACGUAAACAAAAUCGAAAACGGGAAGAAGGGAACGAACCAGAGCAAGCGAGAUGGAGAAUCGACGCCGAUCCAACCGUUCGUUUCCAACGACCACUCAACCGCCAUCCGCUCGAUCAAAAAACUCCCACCCAAGUUCUCUCUCCCCCAACGCGCGCGCGCAGGCGAUGGCGAGCACGCGCCUGCAAAAGCAAAUGCGAAAGGCCAAAAGCGAUCCUGUACUGUCAGUGAGUCGAGGUUCGUUUCCGUUUCGUCUCCCCGUCUCGUUUCUCUCACUGACUCACUCAACCGGCCGUGGGGCGAAUCUUCCCCGAGCUUCUGGAAAGGUUUAACUCUCGAUGGCGGAGCCGAAGCGGGCCUCCGGCAUGGUCAAGUGGUUCAGCGCCCAGAAGGGCUUCGGCUUCAUCGCCCCCGACGACGGCGGCGGCGACCUCUUCGUCCAUCAGACCUCCAUCCGCUCCGACGGCUUCCGCACCCUCUUCGAGGGCCAGCUGGUGGAGUUCUCCGUCGAGUUGGGCGAGGACAUGCGGACCAAAGCCGCCGAUGUGGCGGUCUUGGACCGAUCUAGCCGCGGCGGAGGAGGAGGGAGGGGCUGGUAUGGGGGAGGCCGGCUCGGCCGCGGCGGCUACGGGAGAGGUGGAGGUGGGCGGAGAGGAGGAGGCUACGGUGGAGGUGGAGGAUACAUCAGCGGCCGCGGUGGAGAAGGUGGCGGCGGCGUCGGCGGGGCUUGUUAUAAUUGCGGAAGAAUGGGGCACUUGGCCCGGGAUUGCUACCAGGGAGGUGACCGCGGUGGCGGCGGCGGGAGAGGAGGACGGAGAUUCGGUGGUGGCAGAGGAUACUACGGCGGUGGCGGAGGAUUUGGUGGUGGUGGUGGUGGUGGAAGGGGGUGUUUCAAUUGUGGCGAAGAAGGGCAUUUAGCCAGGGAUUGCCCUAAUGAGCAGGAAUGAGCGCUUCUUUGUUCAAUCCAUUUGUGGUGGCUCCAAUUUGGGAUUUGGUGGCUUAAAAACCUUCCCUUUGGUUGUCACCAUUUUGAUGGUCCUAUCUCCCAUGGGUUGCUUUCAUGAAGAUGGUUGAAGUUCAUCCAUUCGGAAAGAAUGAACAAGGACCAAGUCCAUAUACAUGUGGGCGCGUGAGUUCACAGAAACCUUAUCUUGUUCUCGUUGGCAUUGUGUGACGAAUUUGACGCUGCGAAUCUGCUACCUUUAUCACCAUGUUAUUUUCAGGAUACAAUUAGUAGUGGGCCUUCCUGAUUCACAAGGUUGUGUCUGCUUCUUGAUCUUAUCUUCUACAUCUAAAGGUUGCCUUUUCCUUUUAGUGGAUCCUCUGCCUCUAUAGCAGGAAAAUCGCCACCUUGUAUCUUAGUAUCUUAUGUAUGGUCCCAGACUGAAUCGGGAUAUCUAUUUCUUUUUGUUGUUGGAAUUCUUUAGCUCAAGGCCUGCAAUGCUAAUGUUCAUUUAAAUGAGAUGUCAUGCUUAAAGAUAUUGAACUUGAGAUUUCGCCAUAAGUUGCUUGGGCUAAAUCUGGAAAGUGGCUUGAAAUUGGCUCCCUUAUGCUCAUAUGUCUCCCAGGAGAUGGUUUUCAGAAGGCAUGCUGCUGUAAUGGCCAUGAGAGAAAUAUGUUGUCACUUGACGCUAGCCGAUAUGAGAAACUACUGCUGCAUUUAUUGCAUAACAUAUCAAAUUGCAGACCUUGCAACUCGUGCUUAUGCAAGUGCGACAUUUAUGAACUAGAACUAAAACUAACAGAUUAAGUAGAUUUGAUUGAAACUAAAGAAAUAUGGAUGAAGUUUCUGUACAAACUUUUAUUUGCCGGAUUCAUGUCUUUGCUGAGACAGGUCAGGUUGCCACUUGUAGGCUCAGAUCUAUCAGUGGUAUUCUCACGGCAAGAGGAGCUAUUUUUAUUUAAGUUCUUUGAUCAAUUUAUUGCUCCUUUUUAACUCCUUUUUUACUCUCUCUCUCUCUCUCUCAGAGAGGCCUUGCUGAGCUUUUUUUUUUUUGUUUUUUUGUUUUUAUAUAAUGUCCUUUAUCCUUUUCUUGUGGAGGAUAAUAGAAGAUAGUUGAUGUUCAUUUGUUCUGUCGGAGCGCAAGAACCUACUGUGCCAAGUAACUCAUAGUCUAACGAGUAACAGUGUGGCCUUACCAGUUUUUGUUCUGAAUGAUUAUCACUGUCAGAUUGUUCUCUCCUUUUCCGGGGGCAUAUUUACUGCCAAAUAACUCAUAGUCUAAAGAACAACAGCCUAACAGGAUUCGUUCUGAUUCGGCUUUUCUGGGCAUAACUAGUGCACGCACUUUCCAAGAGCAAUUUCUUAGCCAUGGUUUGACCUGUGCUAAUAGAUUACAUCUUCUUUUUCUCUUUUAAUCAGAUAAGGAAACCGUGGCUUUCGUUUCUGUAUGGCAUUGUUGAACAGACCACUUGAAGGUCAUUGAAUGCAUACUUUUGAGCAAAUCCGAAUUUUCAGUCUGUGUUUGUUGAUCAGGAUGCUAGAAAUGUGUGCAGUCGUUAUUGUGAAUUCUUGUGUUGCUGCACUAGUUCUCAGUUCCAAUGAUAUCAA